AUGGAUUCCACGCCUGAACGACGAGCCCCAGCAGAGGCUGUCACUUUUGCUGUCGAACCCGAUGAGAAUAAGAGUCCUCGACGAAGUGGCCGUGUGAAGAAGAACCCUUCCGUAACGCCUAAACGUUUUACCAGGUUCUUUACUCCCAGAUCUCGAAAUCCACAGCGUGCCGUUCGAACCUCCCGGAAAGCAUUACAAGACCUGUCCGCCGCGAGGUUGAAUAGCCGAUCCCAGGCAAGCGGAAUUCUAGGCCUCCCCCUUGAUGAGCAGAGUAUCCGAGCCAGAAAGAAGAGGAAGCUCUCAUUCGUAUCCAUCUCCUCGAUUCCGUCUUCUCCGAUUAAGAAUAAUACUGUCUCGAAUCAAGAAAACGCUGAGCCCAGGCGAGCUGAAUAUCCCACGGUCGACCCUGAACAUAAUUCUGCGUACAUCGAUAGUGAUGAGGACGAUGCAGAAGAUGUCGAGCUAUUAGGGAACAAAGCAUUCCCGCCACGAUUGGUACCCUACCGGUCUCUCAGCACUUCCGCUGGCCUGCUAUCAAGACGGGUGGAGGGAAGAAGGAUGAUAAGAGAGGGCAAUGAUAGCAAGCUUUGGCAACAUGAGACGGCGAACUUCUACAGUUCACCUGACGAUCAUUGCCAUUACAACCUCUCCGGACCUCAUUUCCCAGCUCUGCCAUUCUGCGCUGCCGGAUUCAAGACUGUCCCAUUAGUGGCAAUUGGAGAUGAGGAUGGUACUGUGCGCAUCCACGAUGGAGAAGAUCCGAGUCUUCCAUACCAAAAGAUUUUCAUGACCAUGUAUCCACACGACAAUGCCAUCAUGGACAUGGAACUAUCUCCAGACGACAGCCUGCUUGCAACAGCGUCAGGGGACCAAACCUGUCGGAUCAUCGACAUGAAGCAGCACCAAUCUACAUAUACUCUCCGAGGGCACACUGGGUCCAUCAAACGUGUACAGUUCCAGCCUGGCUCUGGAAACAACAUUCUGGCGACUUGUUCCCGAGAUGGCAGCGUGUGCCUGUGGGACUUACGCUGUGCGGCAAGUAGAGGUUCGUGGGUAUUUAAGAACCUGAGUCGGGAACCCGAUUCUUUUUUAUGCCAAAGUGCAGAUGUCAAUUGCCUGAACCAGAUUCGAGACGCACAUACUGCGUUUGACCUCCAAGGAAGAACGAAAGGCAGGCGCAGGCAAAUGCCGGUUUCUGCAAGGUCUGAUUUUGCAGUGACGACAUGUGCAUUCAUCAGCGCAAGUCGGCCGCACAUGCUGGCCACUGCCUCGGAGAACGAUGCCAUCAUCAAGCUGUGGGAUAUGCGGACAUCGUACAAAUCACGAAGUGGACGCCCUACACCGGUGUCUGCAACCAUGGAACCCAAGAGCCACGAGAACCACCGACAGUUCGGCGUGACUUCGAUCGCCAUGAGUACCGAUGGGGCGAGGCUGUACUCGUUGUGUCGCGACCACACAGUGUACGCCUAUUCCACAUCUCACCUAGUGCUAGGAGGGGCGCCCGAGAUGUCUCUGACCUCGUCUCAUCCAUUCCGGCAGUCGCGCAACGCAGGCCAAGGGCUGGGGCCGUUGUACGGAUUCCGCCACCGCGCUUUGCGCCUAGCCUCUUUCUACGACAAGCUGGCAGUUCGGCACCGAAGUCAGGAUAACACAGAGCUAAUAGCCACAGGAACCCGGGAAGAAUGUGCGGUUCUAUUUCCAACGGACGAGCGGUACCUCACCAAAUCCACACAACGGCGGCCACUCCUGGCCGAUGAGCCGGGCAGUGCCAGUGCCAGUCUGUGGCCUUCUGCUCGACUCACGCGAUCAGCAUCGUCUUCAACCUCGAGGAGCGGGCAACAACCUCCGGAAGAUAGCGAUGGCGACUGUCCCAUAUAUUAUCACGGCACUGCAUUGGUCAAGGGUCACGUGAAGGAAGUCACCGCCGUGGCGUGGACAAUCAAUGGCAACCUAGUCACCACAGCGGACGACUACACAUCCAGAUGCUGGCGCGAGGAUGCCCAGCAAGCACGGGCGCUGCGGCUGAAUACGGACCGUGACUUGGCGAGGUACCAGAGUGGCUGGGCGGAGGUGCAGAAGGGGUACGAUGAUGAUGAGGCUGAGUGA